AUGUCUGGAGAACCCAAUGCUGCUUGGCCUCUCGCCGACGAGAGCCUCACCCAGAACAUUCUGGAUCUCGUCCAGCAGGCGUCUCACUACCGCCAGCUGAAGAAGGGUGCCAACGAAGCCACCAAGACGCUGAACCGCGGUACUGCCGAGAUUGUGAUUCUUGCCGCCGACUGCAACCCCUUGGCCAUCCUCCUUCAUCUGCCCCUGCUCGCCGAGGACAAGAACACGCCGUACGUGUUCGUCCCCAGCAAGCUUGCUCUGGGACGCGCGACCGGCGUGUCUCGCCCCGUGAUCGCUGCCAGCAUCACCACCAACGAGGCCAGUGAUCUUAUGGGACAGAUCAGAACCAUCAAGGACAAGGUUGAGAGACUCAUGAUCUAAGAUGGGUAGGGGUGGAAUCCAAGGGCCUGGGCUGUUGUCCGUCGAUCUCUCCUAGCCUCGAGCCGGGCUACACGGCGUUGGGGGCAGGAUAAUGACAAUAGAGCUUGCUAUGUUCUCUGAUUCAAUCAACCAUCGAUUUUCCUGGAUAUCGACUUCCGCAGCCCAUGCGAAAUGGGUGUAAUCGUAGCCACCGGGCAGGAUGUGCCGGAUGUGCCGUGAAGGGGCGGAUAUCCUUCAGUCCAACGCACGGCGCAGCACACCGCCACGGGUCAUUCGACCACCGCCCCGCCGACUCGGUGAUU